AUGCCGCAACCACCCCGCGCUGCACACGCGCCAGACUCACCGCGCUCCUCACACUCACCACCGCCGACGGGUCUGCAAGGAGAUGUCGAAAUGGAACUCAUGGGACUUGCCUCGGCACUGUAUACAUUGGGCAUGACUGUUGUUGCUGAUGCAACGCGCGAGAAGGGACCCGCAGGCGCUCGGAAGCAGGUCGGGGGACGAGUGGAGAACGUUGUGCAGCAUCUAGCAACGCUCGACUUGAUGUCAAAGGAGCUACAUACGCCUGUCCCGCUCGCCGUACUGGAGUCGAUUGACAAUGCACGGAACCCAGCUGCUUUCACGCGCGAGACGGUUGAGCGAGCCGCUACCGAGAACCAAUUCUUGCAUGGGAAGAUGCGUGCGGUUGAGUCAUACAAGAUGAUGUUGGACGACGCGCUACGUGAUGCUUUUCCUGAGAUUGCGAGUGCUUUGCCUCCAGCGCAGCCGUCUGGCGAGGCGAACGGUGUGCAGAUAAAGACAGAGAACGGUGCAUAG